GUACCUUUACGUCAACAUGGUGGUAGAGUCGUUUCAGAGCAUCGGUCGCGGACCAUUCAAAAUGAAUCUCAUUGGAGUAAUUUUAAUGGCCUGGGAUCAUCGACGGGGAGUCUUCACGGGGGCAGUUAUGCCGCAGGUCAUGGGCAAAGUAAUCAUGUGGCAUUGGAUACCAUUGACAGCAGACACACGCUCUCAACCGACACGUCUUUUCAGUGGUUCCGACCAAAUGCAACUCGCCAAGAAGCUACACAGAUGCUGAUAAACAAGGAGCCAGGUCGUUUCAUUAUUCGAACAAGCAAGUCACAACCAGAUUGUUAUGCACUGGUUGUACGGGUACCAAUAUCUGCAGAUGACAGUGAACCAGUGCGAACUUUUCUGCUGAAUCGUGUGAAGGGCGGAGACGCGAUACAUUUACGCGGAUUCGAGAGUGAACCUAUCUUUCCUUCGUUGUCAGCUUUUGUCCACGACCACACAAUUCAUCAAGGUGCCUUGCCAGUACUUCUCAAAAUGCCUUUGAGGGGCGCCUUAUCUAGCAACUACUUGGCAGGCGCAACCAACAGUCCUUCAGUAGGCCGAUAUAGUACUUCUGAAACUGAUUUCUUUAUUGAUGUUCUGUAUUUGGGAAGCGUUGACGUUUUCCCUCUGCAAGGCGAAUCAGCUGUAAAACGAGCUGUGGAACAGGUUUUAUCUCAAGCAAAUAAUCCAUUGAAAGGAUUAAAGAAGAAAUGCGAAGCAACCGUGAUGUGUUCAGUUGGCAAGGGCAUAACAAUUGUCGAUAAGAAUAGUACAAGAUUUACAAAGAAAUCUAUUCCAGCAAACAAGAUUCUCUAUUGCUCCUACGAUCCUGAUGAACGAGUUUUCAAUGCCAUCGAAUUGAAGAAUCGCGGGGUGGCAGAUUCUCAAAUCUUUGCAAUAGUUGUGAAGAAGACACGAUUCACAAUGACUGAACAUGCUGUCUACGUGAUGUGCCAAUUAGAGCCUCAUCAACCUAGUUCGAAUCUUAUCAACUUUAUUAAUCAAAAUCUUCCCGUUCAUUAUCGCUGA